AUGGGAGAAAGCCUGCUCCCCGCACAGGUGUCAACAGGUAUAGUAAAGGCGCUUUGGUACUCCCGGUGGUACAUUUUUCAGUCCUUCGUGGUGAUCCCAUUUGGACUAUUAGUGAUCCUUACGAUUUUAUAUGGCUUCAAUCAAUUAUUGGUCAAUGUUAUCAAGAUUCGAUUCCCCUGCUCGGUGCUAGGAAUGCUUAUAAAUCUUGUGGUGUUGUGUGUGCUCAAUGCUAUGGGAAAUGUGUGGAGUUCUCCGAAACACAAGAAGACUUGGAAGGGGAAGGUUAGUGCUGUGUUUGCAUGGUUGCUUGAACAUUAUCUUCGCAUAGUGAAGCCAUCGAUGAACUUCUGCUUGAAGUGGAUCAAUGUGUUCUUCAUACCUUCUUUCAUUAUACUUCCUUUGAGUGAGCCUAUCUCGUUUGUGGAAUGCAUGAAGAUUGCUGCAGUUUUUGUUAUUGGAGGACUAUUAUUGAUGGUUCUUGAUGUUUACAUGCUUCUCGGACUCAAAUACGUCCUUCUGUUGUUGGGCUACGGCGUCACUAAGGCUGAAGAAGGAACCUUUUCAGGAAGUGAAGACAACGAAACUGAUGCGGAAAAUGACUACACCGAGGAAGAGCACUCAGAAAUUGAGUUGCAAACAAUAAGCAAAACACGGUUAUCCACCUCUGAAGAUAUCACUACCAUCGAUUUGGCUGAGCUUAGAAGGUCUCGGGAGGGUACCUCAUCAUCUGACCCCUUCGAUGACCUGCGAGUCAGAGGUACUCCUGAAGACUCAAUUCAGAUACAGAAAAGUAACUCGGAAACUUCGGUCAAUGAUCUGGCCCUGCAAGUUAGUGCUACAACAGCCAAGGUGGAGGAGAAGCCCGAUAAGUAUACACAACUCACAGGAACAACAAAGACCGUUGCUAUAUUUGUGUCCAAUUACAUCGACUGGUUCAUGUACUUGGCUCUUUUUCUCAUUUCGCUUCCAUUCUAUUACAUUAGCUCCAUUCAUGUCAUGCUCCCUUAUCACCUUGGCUUGACAGUGUUUUGUUACUACAUUGCCUUGCUCAUUCCCAUGACAUUCCCUCAGACCAAGAAAUUCGCACAUCCAAUUUUGAUUCUGACUUUUUUGAUUUUGUUUGUGUGCUUUAUCGGGUCUCUCAUGUAUCACAAGGGCCAGCCGGUAGGAUUUCUUGAUGACUUGAAGUACUACAAAACAGGAAAGAACUAUCUCAAUCUCUUUAGUGGUGUUGCCUACUACAAUAAUGGAAUGGUUGUGCCGCAAAAUGUUUUGGCCCAGAAAUUCACUGCUCAUCCGCAAUGGCCGGGAUGUGGUGACUUCUUGUCCUCUCUCAUGGAUGUAUCUAUUGUCUCACUUUCAUUGCCAAUGUUCACCCAUCGCAAGGAUUUCAUCAAAAACUUCUGGGUUUUAAUGCCACCGCUCUUGGUUUCAAUUGCAGCCACUUUCUUCACAUACCCUGUUGUGUGUUAUAAGAUUGGAAUUAGCUCCGAGAGGUCCAUUGGAUUCAUUGGAAGACUGGUUACACUUGCAUUGGGAACACCCCUUAUCACGUCAUUGGGUGGUUCAGUUUCGCUCAUGGCUGUUUGUACCAUUUUGAGUGGAAUCUGCGGCGUGCUCAUUGGAGAUCUGUUUUUCAAGCUCCUUCGCAUUCCAGAAAACGAUUUCAUCACUAGAGGUGUAACGCUAGGAAUCAAUUGCGGUGCCAUUGCCACUGCACAUCUUUUGAAUAUUGAUCCACGUGCCGCAUCGAUGAGUUCGUUGAGUUUUAGUGUUUUCGGUACUAUUAUGGUUAUCAUGUCAAGCAUAGGAGCCGUCAAAGGGCUUAUCCAGGGAUGGGUUGGAAUGUAA